AUGCGCGAUCGACGGAACUUCCAACAACCUUGUUUUGUUCUGAUCAACGUGCAUUUUUGCGCGCGGCCCUGGCGGAGGACUUGUCUCACGUCGCAUGAUCCUGUCGGGCUGUGCGUUGACAGUGGCCUGCUGCCACGCCGCCGUGAGCAAUGCUCCUGUCCUUUCAAAUGCUGUUGCUUUUCCAGGUAUUUUUUCACUCGCAACAAGUCCACCUUGGUGGCAUUCGCGGUCGGGAAAAAGUACGAGCCGGGAAACGGGUUCAACCUAAUAGGAGCACACACAGACAGUCCCUGCUUGAAGUUGAAGCCGAAUUCGGCUUCAAAGAAGUCUGGGUUCCUGACGAUCAAUGCUGAAACGUACGGAGGUGGACUGUGGUGCACCUGGUUCGACAGAGAUUUGUCUGUGGCGGGCCGCGUGUUGGUUCGUGAGGAAAAUGGCAAAUUGGUCCACAAACUUGUGAAGAUAGAGCGCCCAAUUAUGAGGAUCCCCAUGCUUGCCAUUCACUUAUACAGGGAUAUUUAUAGAGAGGGCUUCAAGCCAAACAAUCAAACACAUUUGGCUCCAAUUCUGGCAACGUCUGUCAAAGCCGAGUGUGAAGGAAGGGGACAGGGACAGGAGGGAUCAUCCCAGCAGCACCAUGCAGCCCUGCUAGAUAUUCUGGCUGCUGAACUGGGCAGGUCUGAUCCUGCUGACAUUGUAGACUUCGAGCUCAAUGUAUGUGACACCCAGGCAGGUGUGAUUGGUGGGGCGGCAAGAGAAUUUGUGUUCUGUGGGCGACUGGAUAACCUGAGCUCGACCUAUUGCGCCGCACGUGCACUUGUAGACUCCACCCCAAACGAGGAUGCUCUCUCUGAGGAGCUGUCUAUUCGGGGCAUCGCUCUGUUUGACCAUGAGGAGGUGGGGUCUUCAUCUGCUGUUGGCGCUGGAGGGCCAGUGAUGCGUGAUGCUAUGACUCGUGUGACAAGGUGCCUGUCAGAUGGGCACCCUGAUGCAGUGGAGAGGUGUUUCAAGAAGAGUUUCCUUGUGUCUGCUGACAUGGCCCAUGCACUGCAUCCGAACUACCCCGAAAAGCACGAUGGCGACCACCAGCCCAAGUUUCAUAAGGGUCUUGUGAUCAAGACAAACGUUAACCAGCGCUAUGCCACCAACCUGGUGUCGUCAGCGCUGUUCAGGGAGGUAGGAAAACGCCGAGGCAUACUGUGCCAAGAGUUCAGUGUGAGAAAUGACAGCCCAUGUGGAUCCACAAUCGGCCCUAUUCUUUCUUCUUCCCUUGGGUGCCGAACUGUGGAUGUUGGUGCUCCACAGCUGUCCAUGCACAGCAUAAGGGAGAUGUGUGCCACUGACGACAUAGACCUGAGCUACCGGCACUUCGUUGCAUUUUUUGAGCUGUUUUCUGAAGUGGAUGGCACACUCUCAGUGGAUGAAAUCCCAGCAGAGUUGCCUGUCAUCGACGAUGUGCCAUGCAACACUUUGUGA